AUGACCGACCUUGGGAGCCAGAUCUCUCAUGUUGAGUAUACGAGCGAUCGUUUUGCUGGUCCGCGGCUACCUGAAAGAGAUUUUUCGUCCUUUAGUGAAGAACCAAGUAGACAUGGAAUAGGAACUAAGAAUUCCACGAAACAAGAACGAUCAUUGUUCACUCACCGAACUCAGCAAUAUAGAUCUUUGAAGGAUUCGUUACUCUUGUAUGAUAGCUCUGUGGGGGAGGAUAAAAAACAAAACGCUAUACAAGUGCAACGGAGGCACCUAAGUGGAGCAAAACCUGGCUAUAUAAAGCAAGGUUCCUUGAAUAAGGACGCUCGUGAUCCUGUCGAAAACUUUAAAUUCGAAAAGGGAAAGCACGCAUGGUAUGAAAGUGUUGUCUCAAAGGAAAAGCCUCUGAGACUAGAGACGCAGCAAGAUUCAGAUCAAUCAAUUACCACAAAUUCUUUGAAGAUAAAAAAUGUGAUCGAAAGAGCGACAGAAACAAUUGCUAAGAGCCAGCAUGCCUGCCAAAAUAUUAAGGAUAGACUGGAGAAGUACAACUUAAGCAAAGAUAUCACAUUACCUGGCGCUUUUGUUGGGCCUACCGCCGAAAUUGAUAUAUCAGCGAGUGAAUCAAUUGGACAGCAAGAUAAGCGGCCAGAGUCAUCGCCCAUUAAUCUUGCAACGAAUUGUCUAAUGGUACCAAUAAUUUUGAAAGGAUUUUACUUCUUCCUUUUUCACACUGCAAACUCCGAAUCGGGGCAGUAUUCUUUUGGUAAAUCAUGCUCUGCGAUAAUAGGAGUAGGAGUGCCAUCUUUCACAAUCCUUCAACUUGAUAAUAUAAUACUCCAAAGUGCCGAGGUGUGGAUGGUUGUUCGAUUGUUGCCGUUUCUCGCAAAAUUCCCGUGGCACAUUCAUCAAUUGAUAUCGGAUUAUGAAGAAUGCUGCAAAGUUGGGAGGGAUGUGCUAUAUCUUAAGUACAGCAAGGAAUACAAGGAAUUGAGACUAGUAUGCGAAAAUCAUGUCCACCAAAGUGAAGUAUGGCGUAAGUUGAGUAUAAUGUCCUUGAUGGUAUUCCCCUGUAUUACUCUGUUCGGAUUCCUACUACUCCACCACGCCACAUUUACCCUCGCUACAAGUGUAAUUUCGUAUGAUCCAAAGUUUCCUGCAUAUUCCAGCUUAAUGCUGGUUAUAUUUUCUGCGUCUCAGUUUGUCAUGCUGAACUGGUGCCUCCUUAUCCAAUUCUGUAAAGACGCCUUCGAUGAGAUCGAGGUCUACGUCAAAGAUCAGAGCGAAAAAUUCAUUGAAGACACACAGUUCAUCACAGAGCAGAUUCACAUAGCCCAAGGUGCCAUGACUAAAGCUACUGAGAAGAAAACUACUGGGGCAAGUUGUACCGAGGAUUACCAGUUCUCAGAGGCUGCCAAGAUUUCAGAGAGUGAUUGUCCAGCACCCAAAACACCACAGUGCGCUUACUUGAAAUCAUACACACCUUACUCCUACGAAAGCCCUCUGAAAGGAAAAGAAGGGUCACACAUACCUACUUCAAUUAUAAGGCCUGUCUCACCAUCUAAACCACUACCGUCACCAACUACCCCCGCAAAAUCUCGAGGACAAAGUUUUGUAGUUAAAGCGAUUGGGGUUCCUUUCAAGAUUUUCAAUCUCUAUUACCAAUCAUUUUGGUUUUUGCUCAAGCUUUCUUUCUUCUUUGUGCUUAUAUCCAUUUCGUACUUCCUAUCAAUAAUGCGCGCAAGAAGCUGGGUCUAA